UAUUUUAAAAAUAAAAAUCCCCAACACAUUUCUGCCUCAUAAACUAUAAUUCAUUUAAAUAAAUAGCCCUGUGACACAUUUUAAAGCCUGACAUUAAGUUUCAUGAACUCUCAUGUAUUGCAUGGUGACAGACUGUAUUGUGUUAAAGGUUUAUGUUGUGCACACAUUGUAUUGAACAGCUGGUGAUACAGAUGGAGUAACAGCAGACAUACGCACAGUGUUUCUUGUGAUAAUGAGACAUUAAUACAUGAAUUAAUUAACAUUCUGUCACUGGGAUGAUUUCUAUGAGGAUAAUAGGAUAAUAAACUGCUUAUUUAUUUGUGUAUUUAUUUAUUUAUUGUGCUACCCCCCACUCCAUAUUCUUGGAUAUUUUUCUCCAUAACAUGAAAACAACACGUAAAAUUCUGUCUCUCACUAAUAAGUGUUCCACUUUAAGACUGAUGAAAGAUUUUGGUGAUUAAUUAAUUUAAAAAAAACGUCGACGCGCGGAACGUGAUGUUUUCAGACGGACCGUGAAGGUUGGACACAUUUUGCUAACGGACCAUCACGAUUCAAGACAGUUCUCUGUUGUCUACUUCCGUCUUCGCUGAGAGGUCAAACACGGUUUUAAUUACCCAACAAUGUUUUUUGUUUUUUUUUCUGUCAUGUCCUUCAUAGUUACCCGAACAGUCUAAAAUUAAAAUUGUCCGUGUGAGUUAGUGAAUUAUCUCCGGGCGCCAUGUUUGUGAGGUCAACAACAAUAAUAACUCUGUUGGACGCGCGUGCACCUGAGUUCAAACACAGAUAUCCUUCAUGAUAUUUAUCGUACAUGAGUUUCUAUAAGGGAGAGUUUCCAAAUCCGUUCCCAAGACUAUUAUUACCGAGAGACGUUUAUAUUUCAGACAGCUUGGCGCCUUUUGCAGGUUUCUGUGGCGUUACUUCGGAGUGGAGUGACACUUCUCUUGAUGUUGAAACAUCUUUGGCUACACACGGCAUGAGCGCCUUGAAUGACAUUUACCCAACGCAGCUAAACAGUGAUAACCCAUUAAGAUACACAAGGGACAGCAUGUUGGCUGAUAAGAAGGAUAAAAGUAAGUAAGGUAGAGCUCAGUCCGACAGGUAGCUGCAAAGUCUUUGCUCUUGUAGCUCGCUAACUGACCUAAGCAUGGACUACUUCAGGACUUUAAGACCCUUGUUUACAAUUUCCCAACACUGGAUCCGACCCAGAUACUGCUCCAAUGUGGCUAAAAGCAGUGUUACUUCAAGAGAGAGGAAGUUCAAGUCCCACAUAUCCUCUGGUCCAAGUUUCCAGGAUUUCCUCAAAGGAGUUUCAGUCCCAAAGACUCCUGCUGCAGAUGGACAAGACUGUGACACACACAGCUAUCUGUCUGAGGAGCUGCACAUGGGCAAUUCAAGAAAAGUGUAUUUUGAAACGUAUGGAUGCCAAAUGAACGUGAACGACACAGAGAUCGCCUGGUCCAUUCUGCAGAGGAAGGGAUAUCAGCGCACGGCUGAUCUGAGCGAGGCAGACGUUGUCCUUCUUGUAACCUGCUCCAUAAGAGAAAAGGCUGAACAAACAAUAUGGAAUCGCCUACAACAACUAACAGCUAUGAAGAAGAGGCGGCUGAAGACCUGCACGCCGAUGAAAAUCGGGAUUUUAGGCUGCAUGGCAGAGAGGCUGAAGGUGGAGAUUUUGGAGCGGGAGAAGCUGGUAGAUGUUCUCGCUGGUCCAGACGCCUACCGGGACCUUCCCCGCCUCUUGACCAUAGCCGAAGGAGGUCAACAGGCGAGCAACGUGUUGCUGUCGUUAGAGGAGACCUACGCUGACGUCAUGCCCGUCCAGCAUGCUCCUCAGGGACACAGUGCUUUUGUGUCCAUCAUGCGAGGCUGUGACAACAUGUGCAGUUACUGCAUCGUUCCCUUCACCCGAGGGAGAGAAAGAAGUCGACCCGUCAGCUCCAUACUUGAGGAAGUCCGUAUGCUGUCUGACCAGGGUGUGAAGGAGGUGACUUUGCUGGGUCAGAACGUAAACAGCUACAGGGACACGUCAGAAGAACAGUUCUGUGGCUCAGACCUGACCCAGCUCAGUCGGGGGUUUAAGACCGUCUACAGGACCAAACAGGGAGGUCUGCGCUUCUCCGACCUUCUGGACAGAGUAUCGUGCAUCGAUCCCGACAUGAGGAUCAGAUUCACUUCCCCUCAUCCCAAGGAUUUUCCUGACGAGGUUUUGCAUCUGAUUGCGGAGCGAAAGAAUAUUUGUCAGCAGAUCCACCUUCCAGCCCAGAGUGGAAGCAGCAAGAUCCUGAAAGCAAUGCGCCGUGGCUACACGAGAGAGGCCUACUUUGAUCUUGUGAGGAACAUCAAGACAAUCAUCCCAGAGGUGAGCCUCAGCAGUGACUUCAUCUCGGGCUUCUGUGGCGAAACCGAGGACGACCACCAGCAGACUCUGUCUCUGAUCAGAGAGGUGGGCUACAAUGUCGGGUUCCUGUUCGCCUACAGCAUGAGAAAGAAAACCCACGCCUUCCAUCGGCUACAAGACGACGUGCCGGCAGAGGUGAAGCAGCAGAGGCUGGAGGAGUGUAUCAGCGUAUUCAGAGAGGAAGCUGCAAAGGUCAACGGCGCUCUCGUUGGCAGCACGGAGCUUGUCCUGGUGGAGGGAGAAAGUAAAAGAUCUGCCAAGGACCUGUGUGGGAGAACUGACGGCAACAUGAAAGUGAUUUUCCCUAAAGAAGAUGUUGCUGUUCAGCCUGAAGACUCCGACACGGCACCGGUCAAUGCUGGAGACUAUGUGCUGGUGAAGAUUUCGUCGGCCAACUCUCAGAGCCUGAGAGGCCGAGCCAUCAGUCACAGCUCCCUCGGAGACCCAGCGAAACACUAUGAGACUGUCCAGACAGCAGUUUGAUGUGUCAACAGACGCAGCCAUGAUUGAAACAUGCCCACGAGCAUCUAAUGGUGACACAACAGGAAAAAAAACUACUACUUUUCUUUUGCAUUUUGUCCGUCUUCCUGUCGCACUGGACUCUGAUGUGCCAUUAAAAACCUAUAAAUGUUAUUUAUACAAUGUGUAUGUACAAUACAUUAAACUGCUGAAAAUACUGGACACUGUUUGGGGUGUGUUUGUUUAAUACAGAAUACUGUGACUGAUUGGUUUUUGUCUGAAGUAGUGCUUGAUUGAUGUCUUGGCUUUUUUUUUUUUUUAAGGGACUAUCCAAACCACAGUAAAAGCUCGUGGAUCAGCACAUUUGUAGAAUCACUCUCUGAGCUUCAAAGUCCAAAACUUUGAGAAAGAAUUUGUCCAAAGUCAGCAGCAGAAAGUGCUGUGAUCGGCUUUGGAAGGAGUGUGUUAUUAUAAAAAAUAAAAAAAAAGAUGCAAAGCCUGUCCUGCAGCAGAC